GCUGGAGUAACUCAGCGGGACAGGCAGCAUCUCUGGAGAGGAAUGGGUGACGUUGCGGGUCGAGACCCUUCUUCAGAAUGGUUAGGGAUAAGGGAAAUGAGAGACAGACGAUUAUGUGGAGAGAUAAAGAACAAUGAAUGAAAGAUAUGCAAAAAAAAGUAACGAUAAUAAAGGAAACAGGCCAUUGUUAGCUGUUUGUAGGGUGUAAAUGAGAAGCUACUGUGACUUGGGUGGGGGAGGGAUAGAUAGAGGGAAUGCCAGGGCCACCUGAAGUGAGAAAAAUCAACUGAGAGGCAGCACCCGAGGUCAGGAUUGAACCCGUGUCUCUGGCACUGUGAGGCAGCAGCUCUGUCAGCUGUGGCAUUCUGGUCUGAUUAACACUGGAAUUAAACAAGGGGUCAGAAUCGGAGGCGUGCACACACUUUGGAGACUGCAAAGAUUGGGGUUAUGGAGUAUUUUGAAAGCAUGAUAAUUAUAAAAUUGUGAUUAGAGCAGGACUUGCUACAAGAUAGAAAAUUCUAUGAGCUCCAGUAACAAGUUCCUGUUGAUAGCCCAUCAUUUGGCUAUGUAUGGGUAUAGUACCAGUUCAGUUUACUUCAAUGCAAACCAUGGAUGUGUCGAUUUUUACUUUCUGCCAAGUGCCAGUGUCACAUGUUUGUUACAAAAUGUCUGAGCACAUACUGACAUCCAUCUGCACAUUUUUUAGCUGAAAUAUCUACAAAACCUUUCUUAGGAAAUGCUAACACUUGGGCCUUAUGUAGAAUAGAAAGCCUUGAAAUAGCUUAGAAAUCUGGGAUGUCAAGGAUAGACACAAAUCUAUCUUUGUGUUGGAGUAACUCAGCGAGUCAGGUAAACCCUCCAAUUUAUUUGCUCAAUAUUACCAUACUUUGCGUCUUUCACUUGAAUGUAACCUAAAUACCACACAGGGAAUAAACCAUGUUUUAUUUCUACAACCUAUCAUGAUAUUGAGGUAAAUAGCAAGUUAUGUGAGGCUUUUAAGAUGUAACAUUAUGAGAAUAUUAGAUUUCACUUCCUCAAUAAAUGGUUCACCUGCUUAGAUUUAGUUUUACAAACAUACUUCUAUUUCAUUUUCUGCCACAAGUCCAAAUGAAGAAGCAUUCAGUUUUGGGUUCUUAUUUCUCAGUUAACCAUUUUUCUCUUUCACAUCCUUUCGGUGAAUUUAAAUCAGUUUCCAGCUCUGUAUUGAGCCCUAAAUGUGGUCACACUAUUUACCAGGUGCAAAGGCUUAAGGGUUUCCAUUGUCCAAAUGUGGUUAUGAGCAGCACGGUAAUAUGGACGACUAAUCCUAAGUUUCAUGUUUUUAAAUGUUUUUUACAUGACAUCUGAAUCUAAAACUCUGAGAUGCAGAAAUUCCCCUGCAUUCUUCAGACAUUAGAGGUACAGCGCGGAAACAGGUCCUUCGGCUCAACGAGUCCGUGCCAACCAGUGAUCACCCUGUACACUAACACUAUCCUAUAAACUAGAGAUAAUUUACAACUUUUACCAAAGUUAAUUAACCUACAAACCUAUAUUGUCUUUGGCGUGUGGGAGGAAACCAGAGCACCCAGAGAAAACCCAUGCCGUCACAGUGAGAAUGUACAAACUCCGUACAGACAGCACCUGUACUCAGGAUCGAACCUGGGUCUCUGGCGCUGUAAGGCAGCAAUUCUACCGCUGCAUCUCGGUGCUGCACACCAAACGAGCAUUUUAAUUGGGUGCAAUGAGAGUUUUGCCCCUGCCGCAGACUUUGGUUGCAUAUGAGGACAGUGCGUAAGAUUUGGGGAAAACAUUAGGGUCUGCAGUAAUGUGCGAAUGGAUGUUAGAUCUCAGAUCUAGGACUCUGUAUAUUUCCCGGUGGGAAUGGGAAGGACCAGAACAGUACGUGUGGGAAGAUCUGGUUGGGAGAGUUACAAAUUGGGUAUUUAUGUAUUGUAUAUUUGAUCUGUUUGGAUAGCAUGCAAAACAAAACUUUCCACUGUACCUCGGUACACAUGACACUAAUAAUCAUAAACCUAAACAUGCAAAUAUUUGAGGAAUUUACUUGACAGUACACAAUAUACAUAAUGAUGUGAGGGAUAUGUAGUUGUCCUGGCAGUAGGUUAAGUCUUAGUCUAACCAUAUAACCAUAUAACCAUAUAACAAUUACAGCAUGGAAACAGGCCAUCUCGACCCUUCUAGUCCGUGCCGAACACGUAUUCUCCCCUAGUCCCAUAUACCUGCACUCAGACCAUAACCCUCCAUUCCUUUCCCGUCCAUAUAACUAUCCAAUUUAUUUUUAAAUGAUAAAAACGAACCUGCCUCCACCACCUUCACUGGAAGCUCAUUCCACACAGCCAACACUCUCUGAGUAAAGAAGUUCCCCCUCAUGUUAUCCCUAAACUUCUGUCCCUUCAUUCUCAAGUCAUGUCCCCUUGUUUGAAUGUUCCCUACUCUCAGUGGGAAAAGUGCCCUUCAAAUCUCUAACAGGAGCUCUUUAUGGGGGAAUGAAGUCACCUUGUGCAUAUGUGGCAGAAAUGAUGUCAGGUCUCAAGAGUGACUUAAAAAAUGAUUGUUUUAUUCUAUAGAAAAAAACACAGUUGCUAAAUGAAUGAUAAACAGCAUUUUAUGGUUGCAUUUCUAUCCCAUAUUAUUUUAACUGCUCACAGAUUUAGUUAAAAAUAUGAUCAAUAUUAAUUGAAUAAGGGCCUCAACUAAUAGGGAGUGCAGGGAAGGUAAAUUGGUGAAGAUCAGAAAAAUUCACAGCAAAUAUAUUUACCGUGGGUGUCCUUAGAUUGAGGAACCAUUGAGCCAGAGACAGUAAGUGAUGACACAAGUGAGUUGUGAGGAACAAACUUAGAGGUUAGAGGAACCGGAAUAAAUGUGAGUGUUAUGAAGGGAUAAAGGUUCAUUAUUGAUAUUUAUUGGCUCUGGAAUUGAGAAAGAAUCAUAGAAAUAUGAAAAGCUUGACGAAAUGACAAUAAAAUAAUAUUGGGCAACUUUAGUCUUCAUAUAAACUAUUCCAUCAGGCCCUGGAGAUGUAUCUACCUUAGUACUCUGCAAGAGUCUCAACACCAUCUCCUUCUUCAUCCCAAACUGGCUUUGCAUAUUAAUAUACCCCACAUUUAUCUCACUGUCCUGCUCCUUGGUGAAUACAGAUGCAACGCACUUGUUUACUACCUCAGCUGCAUCUGACUCCAGGCACAAAUUCCCUCCUUUAUCCCCGAGCAGUCCUACUUUUUCUCUGGUUUUUAAUGUAUGUAUAAAAAGUCUUGGGUCUUUUUUUUAAUCUCGCCAAUUAUAUUUCAUGUGCCCUUUUGGCCUUUCCAUUUGGCUGCUUUUAUAUUCUUCAAAGGCCUUGUCUGAUUUCACCUUCCCAAACCUUACAGCCACUUCAUUUUUCUUUUUGACAAAAUUUAUAACCUCUUUGCCAUCCUUGCCAACCUUAGUCUUCCUUCUUUCUGGAACAUGCUGGACCUGAACUCAGAUCAGCUGACCUUUAUGUGACUCCCACAUAUCAAACAUGGCCUUAACCUAUAACAAUUGGGCCCAACUUACUCUCCCAUGUACUUGCCUAAUAAUGCUCUCAUCUGCCUACCCCAGUUCAGUCAUAUCUCUUUAAGAUGUUACCCUGAAAAAUGUGCAGCAGUUAACGUUCCGGCUAACUUCCUCUUUUUGAAUAUAUUUAUCAAUAACUGAAGCUUCAACUUCCUCUCUGAGGUUUGCCUCUGUGGAACAACUCUAUUACGUAAAAAUACUUAGCUCAACCUGAAGGGAUGUUAAGUGAAGGCUUCAUCUGCGGAAUUCCUUACUGGAAAGAAUACCAAAGGGAAAGCAGGAGUGAGCAGAGUCAACCAAGGUAUGAUGACAUGUCACAUGAGUUGAGGUCAGUCAAUGACCUUCUGGAGUGCCCUCAUUCUGAUUCAUCAAAUGCGGCUCUGUCACUUCUUGAAAGGUGCAAGUCCUUCGGCAGAUCAUUCAGAUCGAGUGGACGGGAAAAGAAGGUGACACCAUUGUUACAGGUCUCCAAGGUGACUCCCAUUCCCAGGCAGGCAUCUCUGGUUGUGGACAUCCCAGGAAGUUCUGGUGUGAGCAACAAGGAUACCUAUUUUGUCCCCUCCUGUUGCAAAAGCAUUUGUGACAAUUACAAUGACCUGCAGAUCGCUGGAGAUCACGUCUUGCCAAUUGAUUCAGAGACGUCAGGCCUGACAUCCCAAAGCAGCCAUGAAGCAAAUAUGGGUCCAUUCUUGUAUUCGCUGGAAAUUCCUUCGUCAGAGUCUCCUAAACUGUCGGAGUUGACAAACAAGCCAUCCAAUGGUGACACAUCUUGUUGGCGCAGCAGCAGUGCUAAAUACAAAAGCAUCAUCCAACACUCUCAACCCCUCACCAACUCGGUCCUCAACGACUAUCUCGAGCAGAAGGUUCUCGAACUCUACAAGCAGUACAUAAUGGACAGCAUGGUGAACAGUGCAUCACCAACAAAAAUAAUGGAAUCAGAGCUGAUAAUGAACAACGUUGACCAAAUUAGCAUGCAGAUAUCACGAGAGCAGAACAUGGAAACUACCAAAGCCAAGGACAUUGUUAUCAACUGCCUGCUGCGACUUGCAAGUGAAAUUCAAUCAAAUGAGUUUAGUACGCCAAAUUUACAGAUAUCUUCAUGAAUAAAACCAGAUUUCAAAAUUACUGGGUGAUCAAGGUUGUAAAUGCAAGUUCUUAAAAUGUAUAAUUAAGUUUGGACAUAAUUCCUACCUGUAGAUUACUCCCUUGUUAUAACGUUUUCUCUGAUUAUUAACCCAAUCCAUAAAUCCAAGCCCCCUGAAGAUAAAUCACCAUCCUCUAAUGACAUUAACAAAAUCCUUCUAGUUGCCACACUUCUUGCAAUCAGUGACCACUCCCUCCAGGAGUAGAGAUGCUUAUGACCCAAUCUACAGCCCAGCAGUAUGAACAUUGACUUCUCCAACUUCAAGUAGCCCUUGCUUUCCCUCUCUCUCCAACCCCUCUCCCCUCCGACCAGUCUCUGACUACAUUUUAUCUCUGUACCGCCCACUCCCCUCACCCAUUCCUCUCCAGAGUUGCUGCCUGUCCUGCUGACUUAAUCCAGCUUUUUGUGCCUACUCGUGGAAAACCCUGAUGCAGGGCCUCGACCCAAAUGGCCAACCGUACCUCAGCCUCCACAGAUGCUGCCUCUCUCGCUGAGUUCCUCCAGCAGUUUUGUUUGGUACUCCAUAUUAGAGCAUCCACAUCCACAGUGUCUUGCUUCUCCAGUUAAGUCCAUGCCUGGUGUAACAGCAGGCAGCUGAUAACUGGCAGCCGGAGCCCAUCCACUGCUUUUGUUUUCUCAGUCAUUGCCAGUGUGAAAUUUCUACUCUCUCUGCAAACUGCUGGAAUCCACACAGCUCAAAUUUAGCAAGUUCUCCAUCGCAGUAGCACAAAAUAGCAAUGACAGCAUCCUAGCAAAGUGAAAUGUUUUUGCCACCAGUUUGUGAUAUUAUUACUAAGGCCUUAGUGUCUCCUGGAAAGAAUUACAUUUGGGCUGAUUCCCUCAUGUUUCUCACUUAUUCUAGACAACAAUGCAAUAUGUCAUGUCAGGCAUUGGAGGAAGGGGGCAAUCUUGGCUUGGAGAUACUGGACAAAGAAUAGUUAGACAUUUUAUAGCUGAGACCAAAUGUCCAUUGGAGCUAUUAAAAUAAUUGCUUCUUUUUUAAUUGUAUGAUCUAUUCAGCAACUAUUGACCAUUAAAUUGAACAUUGCAUUGACUGCAUUGACCACUGAUAAGGAACCUACAGCAGAAACUGCAUUUAAUUUGCAAAAUAAUUAUCACAUGGUAAAUGACUUGCAACGUGGCCUGAACAAAAAAUGACCUGGAAUGUAACUAUCUGUACAUGUCUUGUGAUUUAAGUAAAUAUGAUCAUCCAAAUCACUUGCAGUUGUAGUGAAAAUGCCUUGCUUCAAAUCACCCUUGGUUUUACUGGGAGUUGAUUAUUGCUGCCUGCACAAAUUUUUUAAAUUGGAAAUGGCGAUAUGCCGUACAGUGCAGUACAAUCACACUCUCUAAAUGAUGCAGCAUCUGGUUUGUUCUAUUCUGACAACAAUCAUUAAUGCUUAUUCUGACCAUGCACAGAAAUUAAAACAGUACCUUUUGAUUGUGAAUGUUUUUCAGCUAAUCAUACACCUACUGUGUUGAAAUUAUGCUUCAUAUUUCAAAUUAAAUACAUGAUUUUCAGAUGAAUUAAAUCUUGGAUUUCAUAAAUGUUAUAUUUCUGUUUUGAUUUUAUGAAAAAAUAUAUAUUUUUUGCUAUUAGCUGUGUACACUUGUGAUAUGAUAUGGGCUGUGGAAUAAAGACAUUUCAUGUGAUUUGAAAGCACAUGUUUUCAGUGACAAUGGA